AUGUCUGGCAAAGUUGACCGUCACUUUGGAUGGUCAGCUUUCGCCGAUGUUGAUAUUUCUCGUCUGAAAAGAAAUAUCACAUUGACGAAAGUUGGCGGUCUGCAGCAACACUCCACACAAAACCCUUGUGCACUUAGGCCCGGUUCUCGACCGUUUGCGGUGAAUCCAACCGACCAUGUUGAUGUCGUUGAACCCGGUUAG